AUGUUUUUCCUUCCGACAGGACACAAACGGAUGACUGACGUUCCUCUUCCUGAAUGCCUUCCAAAGCCAGAAGAACCGAAAGCUGCAGAACUCCAGCAGCAACCACAGCAACCUCAGUUCCAGCAAGUACCUCCAAAUUACUACCAAUUUCCACCUCAAGGUUACUACCCACCACAAGGCUUCCCGAACUACCCUCCUCAGCCUAUGCCUUACUUUCCUAAUCCUUGGUUGUUCCAGCAAGCUCCACCCCAAUUCAAAUUCCAAUCUCAGUCCAAGAGAGAUCAAGACUUCGAAGAAGGUCUGAACCGCUUACGCAAAGAGUAUGCUACAGCUCCAAUUGAGAGAAAGUUGUUCCCGGACCAAAAAAUAUAA